AUGUUUAAUCCUGACAUAAAUGAUUAUCAACUGACUUCCAUAAUAGCCGAGUGUUGUGGCGGAGUUGCAGUAGUUUAUUCGGCAUUAUACAAGCCAAAUAAUCAAAAUGUCGCAAUAAAGAGGUAUUUUGUGGAUAAAAGCAAGGAGAAAGCUAAUUUGAUACAGCAAGAUAUUCUUACAAGAAAAGAACUACAACAUCCUAACAUUUUAUCUUACUUGACAUCAUUUGUCCAUGGUAAGGAAUUGUAUGUGGUAUCUCCGUUAAUGAACCUUGGUUCCUGCCGUGAUGUGCUUGAUAGAUAUUUCCAUGAAGGUUUACCGGAACUUGCUUGUGCUAUCAUAUUGAGAGAUGUCCUUCUUGCUUUACAGUAUUUGCAUAAGCAAUUAUUUGUUCACAGGAGUGUCCGAGCAAGUCAUGUACUUCUUGAUGCAAAUGGUAGUGUCAAGUUAUCUGGGCUCCGGAGUGCAGCCUCUAUGAUGGUCCGUGGUAGGAGGCAGAGGCAAUUGCACAGUCUACCUCCUCCAGAUCAUGACAACGCAAACUUAAUGUGGCUGAGUCCAGAAUUGUUGGAACAGAACUUGAAAGGCUAUGACGAACGAUCAGACAUCUAUUCCCUGGGUGUGUUGUGCUGCGAGCUAGCUAAUGGGCAGUUCCAUUUGCAGAAGUGCCCACUACUC